ACUAUGUACACUAACCCUCCCUUAUUCCUCCACGCUUCUUUUCUCCCCACCAUUCAUUCACGGAUGAACACACUCCACACAAAUAAGCUUAUCACCACAGAGAAGAAAGAAAUCAGAGAAAACAAGGAAAAAGAGAUCGAGAGAGAGCGAGACACAAAGGGAAGAGGGGAAGGGGGAAGCAGCGCCGGUGGGUAACACAGGCAGCGUCGCUGCUGUUGCUGUCAUAUAGGAGAGUAUAGGAGAAGUGGAGGGCAAGAGGGAGAAGGAUGGUGCGCUGUUGGAGCCACAUCACCGCCGUUCCUCACUGUCUGCCUUUCGAUUCCAUUGAAUUCGAAAACUUCAUUUCACUGCAACCAUGGUCAUUGUUGUGGAAGCUAAUGCUACUGCUGUCCCGGUUGUGUUGAGAUGUAGUGCUGCUGCUUUCUGGGCAGAAACGGUUGCGUGACUAGUAGAGGUCCAGCCAGCUGUCUCGCAGCAAUUCUUCCAACGGUCUCUUGUAAUUGCGACAUCGAGUGACAUAGGUUUGAAGACGCAAUUUGAAGCUGCGAGCGAUUAGUAGGUUUUCUUUACGGUUUUAAUUGGUCUGGUAGAGUCCCCUCGCUGAUUGUCCCUUGAGAUUUUAUUUCAUAUAGAGGGGUAGGUUUGGUAUAUUGUAUUUGAGUUUUAUUUGGUUUCUUUUGUACAAGAAUUAUUAUCAAUAAUAUUUAUGUGACUAUUAUUAUUUGUAAAUGUUUGAAUUAUGACUUUAAUGAAUAAAAAACAAAAUUUUCUGGAAUUUUCUAAAAACUAAAACGCGAACUCAAUACAAAGGCUUGAUAAUUAAGUAGUUAAUACUAGAGAUGGUUACGUAAUGUUCUUUCUAGUGGAAAUACCAUGACUUAAGCAAGGUAUUUUGCUGGAAGGGACGUUACAGUACGAGAGACGCUGAGUGACGUGAUCGCGUGGACGACGCGGCCGCGUGAUGUGCGCGAUCUGUAGAAUUACAAAAGUCGCUGAUAGAGAUUCUGGGCCGAAUUUCAACCCAGUUUUCGGUCCAGAAACACAGAUUAGAGCCAGGGAACAUGCAGAGACAAAAAUAACAAUUCAUUCCGCAUAAUUUCAAGCUUUUAGAUCUGAAUUUACUUCUCCCCUAGGUUUCUCACUUAAACAUCUGAAUUUACUUCUCCCCUAGGUUUCUCACUUAAACAUUCAUAUUUAGGAUUUUGAAGAUUUUGGAUUUAGCUUUUGAGAAGAGUCUACCUCCGAUACUAGUCAUUAUAGCUUGUUAUUUACUUUUCAUUUAUUCUUCCAUAUUCUUAAUUCUUCCAUAUUCUUAAUUCCUCCAGAGUUGACAUUGGAUUAUUUUCACAAGUUAUUAAUACAGACUAUCUUUAUUUUUAAUUAAUCUCUUUUAUUAUUAUUUAUUAUGUCUUCUCUUAUUUUCCCCAUUGAUUAUGUGAAGUCUAUAAUUAUGAUGAGUGAGUAGUUCCUCAACUUGAUUGGGAGAUGAUUAAAAGGAGAACCUUGAGUUAGAAUACUCAAGAGUUCAAUUGUAAUUGGUGCAUUGUUGGUUGGCUUGUUAUUCAUUGACUCUAAUCCUUCUCAAGGGAGAGGAUUAGGACUUGUGAAUAGAAGUUGAAUUUUAAUUUGACUUUCCUUGAUUCGUUGAGGGUUAACUAAAUUAAAACAAUGACUAAUUAUUAAUUGCUCUUGAUUAAAUUCUAACAAGGAUAGAAUUUCCAAUUAAUCUUCUCCCAGUCAAGAUUUUAUUUAAAUCAUAUAAUUUCUCUAAUUUAAUUUUCUGUUCAACAAAUUCAAACCCCCUUUGAAAACCUCUAAUUGAUAAAAUAGCACACCUUCCUGCAACUCGUUGGGAGACGACCUGAGACUCAUACUCCCAGUAUUUUAUUUCUAAAAUUUGUGACAACCCUUUUCUAAAUUGAUGAGUGGAUUUUUACCGGUUAAGAACUGUACUCACAACGCCAUUUCUCUAAUUAAUUUUUAAUCUGCCAAUUUCCGCUCACGUCAAUUUUUGGCACCGUUGCCGGGGAGUUGCAAUAGUGUGCUAAUUUAUUGAUUGGAAUUUAUUUAAUUGCAUUUUUCUUUUUUAUUUUUGUUACUAUGAGCUGCACGUUUCUUUCAUUAAAUGACGCGUUCACUUCCUGAUCCAAGCUUGCCAGUAUUUGACCCUGAGAUUCAAAAGACUAUUUCACGUAUAAGGCAAGCUCGGCGUGGCUAGUCCUCUCUGAGGACGAACCUGAAACGUCAUCUAAGGAAGAAACAAGCUCCCUCUCUACUGAUCCAGUUGAUUUAUGUGCAGGUGACAUGGCAGCACCUAGGAGAGUCACUAUCCAGGAGGCUGCGGCCCCUGAUUUUACACUACAACCAUUCCAGGCACACCACCCAGCAGUGGCUGUGGAUUUUGAAAUAAAGUCUGCACUACUCAACUUGAUGCCCAAGUUUCAUGGCUUACUUGCUCAAGAGCGUAUCAAGCACCUUAGGGAUUUUCAGACAGCUUGUUCUAUUGUUAAGCGUGAUGGCACUGACGAAACUUCUAUUCUGCUAAAGGCUUUCCCAUUCUCUCUUGAGGGGAUAGCAAAAGAGUGGUACUACACUCAAUCCAGAGCAACUGUUUCUAACUGGGAUACGCUUAGAAGAGAAUUUUUUUGGAGAAUUUGGAACGCUUCAAUAAUCUUCUAGAAGCAUGUCCCCACCAUAUGAUUGACAACAUAGUGUUACUCGACUACUUUAUACAGGGCAUGAAAUCUCAAGAUAGAACCACAUUGUAAGGUGCUAGCAAUGGGUCUUUGAAGAAGUAUAAGACUACGGAAGAGGCAUGACAAUUGAUCAGCGACUUAGCUGAAUCUACUAGGAAUCACAAGUAGAAGCAAGGUCGGUCAAGAGUUGUUGCAGAGGUAUCCACUAGCAAAGAGACUGCUGCUAUAACUCAGAGCUUAUGUGAAAUGACCAAUUUACUGAAACAGAUGCAACUAAGUCAACAACAAGCUCAGCAAGUUCAGCCUUCUCCACCACAGCACAGCCAACAGUUGGUUCCUCAAAGAGUAUGCAGAAUCUGUAUAGAUUACAUUCAUUAUACUGAUGAGUGUCCAUAACUCCAUCAAGAAGACCACACUGUGGCAGCCACUCACAACUUCUAUGACCACCCCAACCAAGGGUACAAUCAAGGUGGCAGCUACAACCAUGGAUGGCAGGAUAACCCCAACCAAGGCUGGAGAGAUAAUUCUAACCAAGGUUGGAGGGACAAUCACUACAGAGGAGGCAGGGAUAACAAUGGAAACCAAAGGUGGAAUAACAAUAACAAUUUCAGGCAGUAGAAUCAGAAUCAGGCCUACAGAGCACCUCAUCUAAGACAACCUCAAGCAUCUCAGCAGACCCCUCAGAUCACUUAUCCCUCUUCAUCCCCUAAUGAUGAGUUACUACAAUCUAUUAACCGAAGACAGCAGGCCAUGGAAAACAACCUUACUUCUACUCUAAAUGGUCUGAACUCUACCUUGCAAGCCUUUGUCUCACAUAUUGGAUCACUGAAUAACUCUAAUAACCAGUCCUCAAGCUCUGGUGGACUCCCCUCUCAACCAUUACCCAACCCCAAGGGUGGCAUCAAUGCCAUUACCCUGAGAUCUGGAACCACACUGCAAGAGAGGAAUCCAGAGGAAUCAAGCCCAUCAGAACACGCCCCAGCUGUGGACACAGUUGAGGUAGAGGAUGUUGAAGAAGAAGUUAAGGCUCAAGACAUGGCUGAAGCAGAAGCAGCCCAACCAAGGAGUGCAGAACCCCAGCAAGCUGAAGCUAUCAAAGACGCCACUCCUAUUCAAUUCCCACACCUUGCUAAGAAGCCCAGAAAGCAAAUGGAACUAGAUCCCAAAAUGGUAGAGAUUUUCAAAAAGGUUGAGGUAACUGUUCCCCUUUUGUAUGUUAUUUAGCAAGUGCCUAAAUAUGCAAGUUUCUAAAAGAGUUGUGCAUACAUAAAGAUAAAAUUAAUGAAUUAGAAACUAUUCCUUUAGAUAGUUCUAUAUCUGCUUUAAUUGGAAAUAUACCUAAAAAAUGUAGUGACCCAGGCCUAUGCAUGAUUAACUGUACCAUUAGAGGUGUGAUAUUUUCUGAUUGUAUGUGUGAUUUAGGAGCAUGCGUAAGUAUUAUGCCCUUUUCUAUAUAUAUUGCUUUAAGGCUCCCUCCCUUAAAAGAGUCGGCAGCUCAUUUUGUGUUAGCAGUUAAAAGCAUUAUCACAGUGGUUGGAAUUGCUGAAGAUGUAUUAGUGAGCAUUAAGGGGCUCAUAUUUCCCAUUGAUUUUUAUAUCUUGGAGAUGCCCCAAAAUAACUCAAGGAGACCUUCGUCAAUCCUACUUGGUAGACCAUUUUUGAAGACUUCAAAAUUCAAGCUGGAUGCCUUCUCGGGUACCUACUCCUUUGAGGUAGAUGGCAGAAUAGUGAGCUUCAAUCUAGAUGAAGCUAUGAAGCAUCCCCCAGAAGAUCACUCCAUAUUCCAAUUUGACAUCAUUGAUGAAAUCAUAGCUGCAACUCACCAGGAAGAAAUGGAAGAGAGUCACAUGGAGCAAGAUCCAAGUGUGGGGACACCCUCUGUUUAUAUUGAAGGUUCAUCACCAUUUUCACCAAGGCCAGAAAAUCCAGAACCAAACCAUGAGCAGAAAAUGGAAUUGAAACCCCUUCCUCCACACCUCAAGUAUGCAUAUCUUGAGGAUAAGCAGAAGUUUCCAGUCAUCAUUGCAAGGGAGCUCACUUCCCACCAAGAAGAACAACUGCUUAGUAUAUUGAGGACGCAUAAGAAAGCAAUUGGAUGGAGUUUGGCGGAUAUAGUAGGCAUCAGCCGUCAAGUCUGUGAACAUAGAAUAUUCUUAGAAGAGGGAGCAAAGCUUAUCCGUUAACCUCAAAGAAGAUUGAAUACCACCAUCUUAGAAGUUGUCAAGAAGGGAGUAACCAGACUACUUGAGGCAAAUAUAUUUACCCUAUUUCAGAUAGCGAAUGGGUCAGCCCAGUCCAAGUAGUGCCCAAGAAGUCUGGAGUCACAACAAUAAGGAAUGAGCAAGGAGAGCAUCUAACAACUAGAGUGCAGAAUGCAUGGAGAGUUUGCAUUGACUACAAGCGUCUCAACCAAGCCACUCGCAAGGAUCAGUAUCCCUUGCCAUUCAUUGAUCAGAUGCUUGAUCGCCUGUCAGGUAAAUCUCACUACUGCUUUCUAGAUGGUUACACAUGUUAUUUUCAAAUCCAUAUAGCUCCUGAAGAUCAGGAAAAGACUACUUUUACAUGUCCUUUUGGGACUUAUGCUUACAAAAGAAUGCCCUUUGGCUUGUGCAAUGCACCAGCUAUUUUUCAAAGGUGCAUGAUGAGUCUUUUCUCUGAUCUCAUCGAGACUUGUAUGGAAGUUUUUAUGGAUGACUUUAGCGUUUAUGGUGAUUCAUUUAACCUUUGCUUGGAUAGUUUAUCUAAAGUAUUGGACAGGUGUGUUAGUUCAAACCUUGUUUUAAAUUUUGAAAAGUGUCAUUUUAUGGUAAAACAGGGUAUUGUUCUAGGACAUGUUGUUUCUAACACUGGUAUCUCUGUGGACCCAGCAAAGGUGGAUAUUAUUUCUAGUUUACCUUACCCCUCCUCUGUGAGGGAAGUCCAUUCGUUACUUGGCCAUGCAGGUUUUUACAGGAGAUUCAUCAAGGACUUCAGUAAGGUAGCACUACCCUUGUCCAGACUACUGCAGAAAGAGAUUGAGUUCGAGUUCAGUGCAGAUUGCAAGCAAGAGUUUGAUAAGCUAAAGACCGCUCUGACUCAAGUCCGGUUGUAAGGGGACCAGACUGGAGUCAACCAUUUGAAAUCAUGUGUGACGCCUCCAAUCAUGCAGUAGGAGCAACACUGGCUCAACAUGAAGGUAACGACCCUUUUGUAAUUGCUUAUGCAUCUAAGACUUUAGAUGCUGCUCAAUCUAAUUACACUACUACUAAAAAAGAGCUUCUAGCUAUUAUUUUUGCUUUGGAUAAAUUCCGAGCCUAUUUACUUGGUACUAACGUAGUAGUGUACUCAGAUCAUGCAGCUCUAAAAUAUUUAUUAGCUAAAAAGGAGUCUAAGCCAAGGCUAAUACGUUGGAUGCUAUUGUUGCAAAAAUUUGAUCUGAAAAUUAAAGAUAGGAGUAGUAACCAAAAUUUAGUGGCUGACCACUUAAGUCGCCUUGAGCACAUUAAAAGAUGACUCCAUUCCAAUCAAUGAUAAUUUUCCAUUUGAUAGCUUACAGACAGUAUCUGAUGUAGCCCCUUGGUAUGCACCUGUAGCUAAUUAUCUAGUUAGCCAUACUUUUCCUCCUAAUUUUACUAAGCAUCAGAGAGACAAGCUAAAAAGCAAGUCCAAAUACUAUGUAUGGGAUGACCCAUAUCUAUGGAGAUGUGGUGCUGACCAGGUAAUUAGACGGUGUGUACCUCAAUUAGAAUUUCAGUCCAUUUUGGAGGCCUGCCACUCAUCUGAGAGUGAAGGACAUAUUGGCCCUCAACGAACUGCUAGAAAAGUUUUAGACUGUGGAUUCUGGUGGCCUACUCUUUUUAAAGAUGUUGCUGAUCUUUGUAAAUCUUGUUCUCCAUGCCAAAGGUUUGGUAAUAUAUCCCAGAGGGAUGAAAUGCCUCAACAAAUUAUGCUUUUCUGUGAAAUUUUUUAUGUUUGGGGCAUUGACUUCAUGGGUCCAUUUCCAAACUCUAAUGGCCAGCUUUAUAUACUAUUAGCUGUAGAUUAUGUUUCUAAAUGGGUAGAAGCAAUUUCUACCCAUACUGAUGAUGCUAACAUUGUUGUUUCCUUUAUUAUAAACCAUAUUAUUUGUCGCUUUGGAUCACCACGAGCAAUCGUGAGCGAUCAAGCACUCACUUUUGUAAUAGGACACUAACAGGUUUACUAAAGAGGCAUGGGAUAAUCCAUAAAGUAUCAACAGCAUAUCACCCCCAGACUAAUGGGCAAGCAGAGGUGUCUAACAGGGAGAUAAAGCGCAUACUGCAAAAGGUAGUCAAGCCUCAUAGAAAGGACUGGAGCACCAGGCUCCAAGACGCGCUUUGGGCAUAUCGGACAGCAUACAAGACACCAAUUGGGAUGAGUCCUUUCCGCUUGGUUUAUGGAAAGGCCUGUCAUCUCCCAGUUGAGUUAGAGCACAAAGCCUUCAGGGUGGUAAAGGAAUGCAACAUGGACUAUGAGAGAGCCGGAGUUGAACGGAAGUUACAACUGCAAGAAUUAGAGAGCCUUCUCCUUGAAGCUUAUGAAAAUUUCGAGCUGUAUAAAGAGAAGGUGAAGACUGUGCAUGACAAGAGCAUUAAGAGAAGAUAAUUCCAACUAGGGGACUUAGUCAUACUUUACAACUCCAGAAUACAACUCAUGUCAGGCAAGCUGAGAUCCAGAUGGGACGGUCCGUAUCAAGUAAAGCGGGAGGAACCAUACGGAGUCUUUCACUUGAGCCAUCCUUCAAGCUCUGAACUUAUCAAGGUCAAUGGACAUCGCUUGAAGUUAUUCCAUGGUGAAAGGAUGGCAAAAAACUAGGAACUAGAGAUCUUCCCCUUGGAAGAUCCACCCACAGCAGAAGACUGAGCUCGUGGAGCGUCCAACUUAAGGACGUUAAAGCAAAGUGCUGUGUGGGAGACAACCCACCAUGGUAUGAUCGUUCCUUCCCCUCUCCUAAUCUUCCCUCAUCUAUAACUUUUCUCAAUACUAAUGCCUAUAUCUUGCAUCUCAUCUGCAUACUGCAUUUGUAUUUUUAUCAAAAUAAAAAAAUAAAAAAAAGUGAGCACACGACGCGACAGCGUCGAUGACGCGUCCGCGUCAUAGUGCCUUGGAUACGAGAAGAAAACAACAGAGAGUCACACGAAAGUGUGGCUGGAGGCGAGCCUUUGGCACAAAUCGAGCCACGCGACCGCACCCUGACGCGUCCGCGUCAUGUGGGAAAAAGGCCUCCCACGCGUCCGCGUCACCCACGCGACUGCGUGCCCUAUAUAUCGAUGUAAAAAGGGUGUAUGGCCGAAAGUUGAGCUGCACUUGGGAUGCACUUGUGCUAUUAGCACAAGCCAUGCCACGCAGAUGCGUGCCCCACGCAUCCGUGCCAUUUUCUCCAUCUGGUCAUCCACGUGACCGCGUCCACCACGCGAUCGCGUCACCCUAAAUUUUUGGCAAAAUAAAAUUUGAACAGAGAGUUGUGUGAGCGCGAAGCAUGUCAUGCGUCUGCGUGACCGACGCGUCCACGUCACCUCACUUAAGGGCUUUCCACGCGACCGCGUGACCCACACGUCUGUGUCGCUUGCGCCGCCCAACUCAUUAAAAUCUGCCAGAUUAUCUUUUCUUUUCUCAUCCCAUUCCUAUUUUAUUUUCCUCCCUUUCCUUCUUCCUCCCUUCUUUCUCUCCUCUACCCCUCUUUCCUACCACCAUUAUCAAGGAUGGCCACCAAGAAAGGCAAGGAGAAAGCUACCCCCAAAUCCACAGCAAGGAAAGGAACAAAAAGAGCAUUAGUGGCAGAGCCUUCUUCAACUGUAGUCAAGCCCUCAACAAAAAGAAUUAAAAGGAUUAUAAAGGUUGAUGAAAAGGAAAGAGCUUUCCCAGCCAAGGACACUGCACGAUUUUCCAAUCGCUACUGUGAGCAGAUGUUCCCCAUUCUGGCAGCUCGGAAUUACAACAAUGAACACCUUCUUAUCCUUCCGCCUCGUAUUGCCGAGUUUGUUGAGCUGCAAAUUGCACAAAGACAUUGGGGAUUCUUACAGAGACUGCCACGACAGGUUAAUCUUUCUUGGGUUGUUGAGUUCUACUCCAACUUCCACCUGCCGACCUUAUAGUCUAUUUAUGUCCAUCAGAAGCAAGUCCUCAUUACAGAAGAGGCCAUUCAGCGAGCCUUAGAUCUUCCCCCUGCUCCAGAAGGAUUGGAUGCAUUUCAAGAAGCCGCACUCAAGCUCCAGGCAUACAAAUUUGACUGGGACGCUGUUCUCAGAGUUAUCGCACAACCUGGUAGCAAAUGGAUCUUUGGAUACCAUAGUUCCCAUCCUAAGGGAAUAUCGGCUUCCGCACUCACCUUAGAGGCUCACGUAUGGGCACAGAUUAUGUCCCAUUACGUCUUUGAUAAACCCAUAUUUUAUGAUAUAUUUUGUGCUUAAUCUGAGUGAUUUAUUCAAUCCUUCACCCACUUAUUCAUAUUAAUUGCAUGGUUUUACUUUUCCUUCCUUAUUAUGUGAUGUAUGUGACAAACAUGUUUCCUAUGCUCUAGAAUUAAUUAUUUUAAUUACCUUUAUUUCCAUUUCGUGCCAUGAUUAGUGUGUUGAGUAGUUUCAGAUCUUCUAAGGCAGGAAUGACUUAAAGGAUGGAAAAGAGAACAUACAAAAAUGGAAGGAAAGCGUAAAAUGGAGUUUUUAGAGAAACUGGCAUCCACGCGACCGAAUGGACGACGCGACCGCGUGCCAAGAGCGAAGAAGCAGUGACGAGGCCGCAUAACUGACGCGACCGCGCGCCUAAAGAACAACACCUAUGACGCGGCCGCAUGACUGACGCGACCGUGCGACAAAGAAAACCCCAAUCGACGCGACCGCGUGACCCACGCGGACGCGUGACAGAGGCCACGCACCGGAAAUUGCAGAAAAUGCUCAUAGCGUAUUCUGAAGCCCUUUUUGGCCCAAAUCCAAGUCCAGAAGGCAUAGACCAGAGGUUAUGAGGUGUGGGAAUGCAUCCAUUCAGGGAGCUCGGCAUUUUUUUAGUCACUUUCCAUGAUUUAGAUCUAGUUUUGAGAGAGGUUCUCUCCUCUCUCUCUUUAGGAUUUAGGAUUUAGGACUUCUCUUAGUUUUAGGAGUAACUCUCGAUCCCAGGUUCAAUGUUCUUUGUAUUUAUUUAUUUUCAAUGUUCCAUGUUUAGAUUGAUUUUCUUAAUUAAUGUUAUUUGAGAUAUUUCAUUUUGUGAUUGUUUUAUUUAUGAAUGCUUUUAAUUUAAUUUAGAUAGUUUCCCGUUUUGGCUUUGGUUAAAUAAUUGGUGACUCUUGAGUUAUCAAACUCAUUGUUGAUUCAUCCACUUAACUUACCUUCAUAGUUAGAGGUAAAUAAAGUGGGAGAAAAAUCCAAUUCUCAUCACAAUUGAUAAGGAUAACUAGGAUAGGACUUUCAGUUCUUAUACCUUGUCAAAGGUUUAUUUUACAGUUAUUAUUAUUUUAUUUUACUUGUCAUUCAACUAACCUUUUACCUUAAUCCAAAACCCCAAAACACACUUUUUCAUAACCAAUAAUAUGAACAUACUUCCCUUCAAUUCCUUGAGAAGACGACCUUAGGUUUAAAUACUCAGUUAUCAAUUUUAAAGGGGUUUGUUACUUGUGACAACCAAAACGUUUGCACGAAGGGAUUUUUGUUAGUUUAGAAGCUAUACUUGCAACAGGAAUUUAUUCUGAAUUCUAGACCACGCAAAAGUCUUCUCGUCAAAAUGGCGCCAUUGCCGCGGAAUUGCAAACGUGUGCCUUAUUAUUGGUUAUUGUAAAUAUUUUUCAAAAAAAAAUUUAUUUUGCUUGUUUAUUUAUUUUUGUUUUUAAUUUUUAUUAAUUACUAUGAAUUCUCACCCCUCUGGUUUCAAGUUUGAUUUCAAUGUUGUUGUAAGGAAUGGAAACUGUAAUGAAAAUAGGCAUCCAGGUUGGAACAAUCAAAGAUGGGAGGAGCCACAAGGAUUUGAUCAACCCUCAUGGCAACAACCACCUCCAAUGGUCUAUCAACAACCACCACCAUAUGCCCAUGAACUAUCUCCUCAACACAACUUUGGACCACCACACUCACAAGCCAACUACAACCAAACACCACCAUAUGACCCUAACUCGUAUCCACCAUACCAACCACCUUAUGAGCCAAAUGAACCAUACACAGAACCACCACCUUUCCAACACAACUACUCUCAUGAACCACCACCUCAAUGUUCACCAUCUCCAUAUCAUUAUCAAGAUGAACCACCUUCCUAUUAUGAACCCUCUCUCCCAACCAAUGAAUCCUCAUAUCCACCCCAACUUCCAAUGGAUGACAGACUUCGUGUUGUUCUUCAAAGGCAAGAAAGGAUGAAUAAGAGUGUGCUAAAUUUCGCGGCCGCCUUAGGCGAGUUCGUAAAUAUAAUAGCUUCCCAAUAUUUGAGCACUCAAAGAACUCCCAUGGCUACAUGUGGAGAAUCAAAAGAAGAGCAAAGCAUGAAGGAGACACUAGAAACUUCGGUGGACAACGAGGAACAUGGCUUUGUAUUGGAACAAGUAGAGGAAGCCAUAAUAGUUGUAGAGGAAGAAGUGGUUGAAGACUUAGGAGAUGCUGAACCUCCAUGGGAAAGUCAAGACAUAGAGCCUCCUUCCAAGACGGUUGCAAUUGAUGUUGAGAAGGGUGUACAACCUCCAAGGCAUAUCAUAGCUAAAGACUUUGAAGAGGUUGAUCAAGAGAUGGAGAUUCAAGAAGAAGAAGCACAACCUCCUAUGCCCUUGGUAAGCAAUGAAGAGGAGAUUGAAUUGGAAGAAAGCUACCAAGAGGAAGAUGUUGAAAUUGAAGAAGCUUGCAAAGAGGUGGUAGUUAUCAGAGAAGAGCACAAGGGAGUCGAGCUUGCAAUUUUAUUAAAAAUACCUCCCCCUAAGUUGCCAUCAUCCUUCACAACAUUCAAGUGGGUAAAAUUCAUAUCCCUUAGCUUUCUAAUACCACUUGAAUAUGGGCUACUUGAGAUGGAUGGCCAACUUAGAGCUCUUUGUGGCAUUAAGAGUAAGAGGAAGAUGGCCAGUGGUAAGAAUUGUCCUGCAAGGUUCUUCAUGGUUGGAAGUUCAAAGUUUAAACGCAAAGGUUGGUGUAAAGCUCAACUGAAUGGGUCUAGGAAGUUGUUUGGCCGCUUACGUCAGAAUUCAGACAGGUGCAAAGGCAAGGUUUGGGACCCCGGAAUCCAUUCUACCAAUCACCACUCUUGGGACCUUGUCACUUUCAAUUUUAAUUUUAAUUUUAAACACUAAUGAUCAUGAAGUAGAGACACAAAUAUAGAUGACAUAAUAAGCAUAAAAACCAAAAAACAAAAAAAUAAGAACAAGGAAUGUGUCCACCUUAGUGAUGUCUUCUUCUUGAAGGACCAAUGAUGUCCUUAAGCUCUUCUACGUCCCUUCCUUGCCUUUGUUGCUCUUCCCUCAUUGCUCUUUGAUCUUCUCUUAAUUUCCUCUUCAGAGUCCUUUCAGGUUCAAGGUCAGCUUCAACAAGAAUGCCUUUUUUCCUUGUUCCUGCUCAUAUAGGGAAGAAGAGAACAAGAAAAGAAAGAGGAAUCCUCUAUGUCACAAUAAAGAGGUUCUUUAUUGUUAGUAGAAGAAGAAAGGGAAUAAAGAAAGGAGAAUCCAAACAAAAGGGUAAGGAUAGAUGGAGUGAUUGGAGAUGAAGAGAGGUGAAGAGAAGUGUUAGUAAAUAAAUAAAUAAAUAGAAGAAGAGAAGAGAGAGAGAAUUCGAAAAUAAUUUUGAAAAAGUAGUUAAUGAUUUUCAAAAAUUAAAGAUAAGAUAUAAUUAAAAUUAAAAUUUAAAACAAUUAAAAAGAAUUUUUGAAAAAGAGAUGAGAUAUUUACGAAAAUUAAAUAGGGAAAAGUAGUUAGGUGGUUUUGAAAAAGGUAAGAAACAAAGAAAAAGUCAAAUAGUUAGUUGGAAAAGAUAUUAAAAUCAAAUUUGAAAA